CAGACUGUUUUGUGUUUUGACGUUGUUGCAAAAAGCUUCUCGGACCACCACACAAGUCCACAAGCGAGGACCAAGUCCACGUUCUCCACCUCGGAUAAACAAAGACGGAAGACAACAUGGCAUCGGACUCUCCACGCAGACCAAGUCGCUGUGCUGGAGGGGUUUUGGUGCGAGCACAAGCUGCGACGGAGCAGUCCUACAUGGAAAGUGUGGUGACCUUCCUGCAGGAUGUGGUUCCCCAGGCAUACACCGGAGCGCCGCCCACUGAUGAGAAAGAGAAAAUCAUUUGGGUUCAAUUUGAGAAAGCUGACAUCAAUGACGCUUCCCGCAAUCCAGAGUUCAUGGAGAUGCACAGUGGCACCACGGACCCCCCUCUUUGCCUGAUGGUCGGCUACACUGACGGGAUGCAGAUCUGGAGCGUGUCUUUGGCAGGGGAAGCCCAAGAGCUGUUCUCUGUGCGCCAUGGUCCCAUGCGAGCUGCCCACAUUCUGCCAGCUCCUCAUAUCAGUCCUCUGCAGACGGACAGUUUUUCUGACAAGAGGCCUCUGUUGGGGGUGUGCAAGAGUACGGGGUCUUCUGGGACAAGCCCUCCCUACUGUUGCGUUGACCUGUAUUCUCUCCGGACAGGAGAAAUGGUCAAAUCAAUUCAGUUCAAGACGCCCAUCUACGAUCUCCACUGCAACAAACAUAUUCUUGUUGUGAGCCUUCAAGAGAAGAUUGCAGCAUUUGAUAGCUGCACCUUCACCAAGAAGUUCUUUGUCACAAGCUGCUAUCCCUGCCCCGGCCCGAGCCUAAAUCCAAUAGCACUGGGAAGCCGCUGGCUGGCUUACGCUGAAAACAAGUUGAUCAGAUGCCACCAGUCUCGCGGAGGAGCUUGUGGUGACAAUGCACAAUCCUACACAGCGACAGUGAUCAAUGCUGCCAAAACUUUGAAGACAGGCCUGACAAUGGUCGGUAAAGUUGUCACCCAGUUGGCUGGAACACUACCAGCAGGCACUCCGGAUGAAGAGGGCACGCCUCACAGUGCGAGUCGCCGCAGCCCCCACUACCCCGGCGUGGUGACCAUCAUUGACACAACCAGUGUUGGCGAAGGACAGGUCUUGGUGAGUGAGGACUCGGUUGGAGAAGGAGUGGUGGCUCACUUCCCAGCUCAUGACAAACCCAUAUCCUGUAUGCAAUUCAACCCCAGUGGAAUGCUGCUGGUGACUGCCGACACUCAGGGCCACAAUUUUCACGUCUUCCAGAUUCUCACCCACCCAUGGGCGUCCUCACAGAGCGCCGUUCAUCAUCUCUACACCCUGCAUCGAGGGGAGACGGAGGCCAAGGUCCAGGACAUGUGUUUCAGCCAGGACAGCCGCUGGGUAGCCGUCAGCACCCUCCGCGGCACCACCCACGUGUUUCCCGUCAACCCCUAUGGCGGCGCGCCCUGUGCCCGCACGCACAUGUCACCGCGGGUGGUCAACCGGAUGUCCCGUUUCCAAAAAAGCGCCGGCCUGGAGGAGAUUGAGCAGGAGCUGAACCGUGUGGCUGUGUUUGGAGGAGGAGCGGGAGGAGGUGGCAUGGGAGGAGGUGGCUGCAUCCUGGGUGGAGGAGGAGGCAUUGGGGGUCGUUGUAGCCCCAUACCAGGCCUGUCCAGCAGCCCUUCGGGGUCUCCAAUGCACGCCAAGCUGAGCAGCCAGGAUUCAUACAACAACUUCACCAAUAACAACAUGGGGAACCCGCGGCUGUCCCCGCUGCCCAGCCUCACCGUGGUGCUGCCUCUGGCUCAGAUCAAGCAGCCCAUGACCUUGGGCGCCAUUACCAAGCGCUCCGGACCCUACCUCUUUGGGGCGGGAUGUUUUGCCAUUAAAACUCCAUGCAAAGCUAAGCCGCCGCCUCAGAUCUCCCCAAGCAAGUCCAGUGGAGGAGAGUUCUGUGUGGCCGCGAUCUUUGCCUCGUCUCAGUCCUGGUUCAUCACCAACCCUACCAUGAAAAGAGAGAAAGAUCAGGCCAGGCAGUCGGUGGUCGAAUCGCUCUACAUCCUCAGUUGCUAUGGUAACUUGGUGGAGCAUGUCCUGGAGCCACGUCCAAUUAGCACUGCUCAAAAGAUUAGUGAUGACACACCUUUGGAGCUCAGCUCCUGUCCAAGGGCCUGCUGGACACUAGCCAGGACUCCACAAUGGAAUGAGCUGCAGCCGCCCUUCAACUCCAACCACCCCCUGGUGUUGGCCUCCGACCUGGUGCAGUACUACCAGUAUCUUCUGGCUGCGAUGCCCCCGGGAAGUCCAGGCCCAAUCACCCGUCACGAAUCGUCAGACAGCCUGGCGUCGGACCACAGCGGUCAGGAGGAUGAGGAGUGGCUCUCUCAGGUGGAAAUUGUGACCCAUACUGGGCCUCAUCGGCGGCUGUGGAUGGGCCCCCAGUUCCAGUUUAAGACCCUUCACCCUUCAGGCCAGACCACAGUCAUCUCCUCCUCAUCCUCAGUCCUUCAAUCCCAGGGCCCCACUGAUGUCCAACAGCCUCUGUUGGACUUUGAAACAGACGACCUGGACCUACACAGCCUGAGGAUCCAGCCGGUACGUUCAGAGCCUGUCAGCAUGCCCGGCUCAUCGCGGCUGGUGGCUGAUCGCAGAGGGCAGUCCAACAUCAUGGACACAGGAACAGGUCCUUUCGACGGACGUGGAGUGACCUUGCUGGAAGUUUGUGGUAGCUGGCCGGAGAGCUUCGGCAUACCGCGGCACAACGUGGGCUCAGCGGACGCCAGUGACGAAGGCCUGCGAGAGAGACUGGCCGAUGCCAUGUCCGAGUCCCCCUCCAGGGACAUCGUGGGAUCCGCUACAGAGCUGCAGAGGGAGGGAAGCAUCGAGACCCUCAGUAACAGCUCGGGCUCCACCAGCGGCAGCAUCCCACGCAACUUCGAGGGCUACCGCUCCCCCCUACCCACCAACGAGGGCCAGCCGCUCAGCCUCUUCCCCACCAACUUCCCCUAGACGUCCAGGAAGGACCGCCACCGCCCCCCGCCACCGCCCCCCCCCCCCCCCCCAUAUCUGUCCACACAGCAUCAGCCAACCAAAUCAUGUCUCGGGUUUGUGUUUCUCUGGAGUGUGUUCUGUGUCGGGACUUUCUCAUAUCAGUGGCAUCCCAGCUGCUUACAGUAUUAGUAUUGUAUUUCUUUUAGGAAGCUGCCAAUGCUUCUGUAGUUUGUAUAGACUUCCAAUCAUUUCAAAAUGAAGAUUGAAUGAAACUGUUAAAGUGUUAAAAUUGCAUUCAUAUCUAGGAAAAAACACUGAAAAUUCAUUUUAGACUCUUGAAAACUAAUUUCCUUUCAGCUUAAACAGCUAUUGUAAGUGUUGCCAAGCAGUUUUCCAAUAAAAAUGUAGUUUCAUCACAGAGUAUUUUGAUACAGCGGUCAGGGAGGAACUUACUUCAUUUUAAUGAUCAGAUUUGUAGUAACAGGCCAGUAUCUCUCCUGCUCUGCUUGUAACCUUGCGGCUGCGUCAGAUCCGACGUUGUUGGAGACCAGCCGUCCUCUCGGCUCUGCAGCUGAUGCCUCAGCCCGGGCCGCCAUCAUUCUUUGUGUGUGUUUGAAGUUUUACGGCGUGCCUAUUGUCUGAAUGAGCCACGAGACAAAGGGAACAUGUUGGCUCCAGUCAGUGGCGUGUCGCAGCUCCUUUCCGCUCCGCGUGUGCUGCUGCUCUCAUGGCCUCUCCCCAAAUGUUUCUGAUUAAAUGUGUCCCUCUCAUGCAUUUGAUUAUCAUAUAAUUACAUUUGACAAAAGAUGCAGUAAUGAGAUGACACUAUUACGACGUUGCUGAAGUCACUUACCGUGCAAUUGAGACAUUUCUGACAUCAUUUGGAUAUAUUUCCCAACUCGGCCUUUCCAGAAAGCACAUUUUCACUGAGCCGAGGAGUGGAGGCCGUCAUGCUGUACUGUGUUCUUUAGCUAGAUUUGACCAACAUCUUUUUCUCGCCUCUAGUUAUAGACCUCUAAAUAAAUGCAUUGUACUUAAAUAUGCUCGCUUUGCCUAAAGCAAAGAAGAUUGACUUUGAGAAUCAGAAAUUCCUUAAUUCCACACACUUGUGCUAGUUAGUUAGUCCUAAGCAGACUGUGUGGAGACUGAAAUGCAAUACCUACAGACACAUGAGAGACAUUUUUAAAUGAUAAUAGUCAUGCAAGUCCCACAUAUCUGUGUGUUGUUGCCUGCCUGUUGCUCUUUCACGGAAUGAGGGCAUGCAUCUCUGUGCCUUAAUUCAGGGCAAAUGCUUUUUGUUGAAAGUAUGAUUUAAUUUGUGAAAUUUUACUUUUCCCAGCAGUCAUGCAAGAAAAUAAAAACAUAAUAAAACACAAGGAAAUUAAA